AUGGCAGUUCAGAGCAACUACCUCAAAUCUCGUCUAUGGGACAUGGAGACGAAACAGGGUAAAGAAUAUCGGCAGGGCCGAAACGGCCAGAAGGCAAUGAGUUCUCGAAGGUUAUCGGGAGCUGAAGCCAAGAUUAAUUUGAUGAAAUCGGAUUGGAGAGAAAUAACGUCGAAUGUUCUCCUACUCAGAAUAUGGGCACAUGACGAGCUGGAGCAUGUCUCCGGAUGCGUUAAGGAAGUCAUAAAGCUGUAUGAUUAUCUGGGGAUCAGAACUGAGGAGUUGGCCAGUGCUCUUUCAGCUGCUCAUCGGCUCAGAAGUGAAAUAAGCCAAGAAAGAAGUCGGCCAUUAACAGGAAUUGAGAGUGGUCCUCUCAAGAGUGAUGUAAGCAGCAUAGAGCUAUUGCCGUUUGAGGAUACGUGGUCUGGCUUAGAAGAAAGGCUCAUCGAACCAAACGACAUACUAAACGACAACAAAGAGGUAAAGGCCCAACUAUUGGAGAAUAUGUUGAUGCUAGCAGUUUAUAUAGCCAAGCACGAAGUAAUCUCAACCGAUUUCCUCGAGCGCAUCCGGCUUUUUCAACCAAAGUAUCUCUCAGAAUUGCUCCAGUUUUAUCUUAAACUGAAGCAGUGGAACUCAAAGCAUGUGCUGGAUGACCUGGAUUGGAACACAGUCUUCCCGACGCUAGAAUGUCUAACGACUCAUAAGGCGACAAGACCCUUUCAUGCACCUAUCAGAGGUAUGUGA